UGGUAGCGCGACAGCUCCAUUCAAGUCAACAUUUUGUGGUUUAUUAACAAUUCUGUAUAGCGAAAUGCUGUGAAACGUUGUAAACAGAUCCAGUUGCGUCCGGCGGAAUACGGAAGUCUAUAUAAAGAUAAUCAGCAUUAACUUGAGUUAUGUCUAGCAAAGUGAAAGUAGCCGUUCGAGUACGGCCCUUCAGCCGCAGAGAGUAUGAGCUUGGAACAAAGUGUGUUGUGGAUAUGGUAGCAGAUGGUGGAACGCAGCAAGUUGUUCUGUAUCAUCCUUCCUCAUCCUCUGCUAAAGCUGGAGACAGCCGGAAAACACCGAAGACGUUCGCUUUUGACAACUGCUUCUGGUCGAUCGAUGAGAAAGAUCCCAAGUACACAGGGCAAGAGAAUGUCUACAACUCUCUUGGAGUGGACGUACUGGUCAACGCACUGGAAGGCUACAACGCAUGUAUAUUUGCAUACGGCCAGACUGGCUCUGGCAAGUCAUAUUCGAUGAUGGGAAAUGCAGACAACAAGGGCAUCAUUCCAAGGAUAUGCGACAGCCUCUUUGAAAGUAUUGCUGCUAACAAGGAUGAUCCCAACCUUCGUUACAAUGUAGAAGUGUCAUACAUGGAGAUUUAUAAUGAAAAAGUCAGGGACCUUUUAGAUCCCAAUAGUGCAAAAUCAAACCUGCGGGUUCGGGAGCACAAUAUAUUAGGACCGUACGUGGAUGGGCUUUCAACCUUAGUCGUUUCUAAUUUUAAGGAUAUUGAUAAUCUGAUGUCGGAAGGAAACAAGUCUCGCACGGUGGCGGCGACGAACAUGAACAGCGAGAGCAGCCGAUCGCACGCCGUCUUCAACAUCAAAGUCACACAGAUCCUCACUGAUCCUAAGUCAGGGGUAUCGGGUGAGAAAGUGAGUAAAGUGAGCCUAGUGGAUUUAGCAGGCAGUGAGCGUGCGCAGAAGUCUGGAGCCGUUGGAGAACGAUUAAAAGAAGGCAGCAACAUCAACAAGUCUUUGACAACACUAGGUCUUGUGAUAUCUGCUUUAGCAGACCAAGCUGCUGCUGGCAGUAAGAACAAGAACAAGUUUGUACCAUACAGGGAUUCCGUUCUAACAUGGCUACUAAAGGACAAUCUUGGAGGCAACAGCAGAACUGUGAUGAUUGCAACCGUUAGUCCCGCAAAUGACAACUAUGAAGAAACACUAUCUACAUUACGCUAUGCCGACCGUGCCAAGCGUAUUGUCAACCACGCUGUUGUAAAUGAAGAUCCAAAUGCUAAAAUCAUCCGCGAACUACGAUCAGAGGUGGAACAUCUCCGUGUUCAGCUCAAAGAAUCCAAGCAAUCGGCUGAUCUGCAGGAGAAGCUGCAAGAGUCUGAGAAGCUGAUGUCUGAGAUCACCAGGUCGUGGGAGGAGAAGCUUAGUGCGACUGAACAAAUACACGUGGAAAGGCAGCAAGCGAUGGAGAAGAUGGGUAUAUCCGUGCAGACAUCUGGGAUCCGGGUCGAGAAGGACAAAUACUACCUGGUGAAUCUGAAUGCUGAUCCUUCGCUUAAUGAGCUUCUCGUCUACUAUCUGAAGGAUCACACGCUAGUGGGCGGUCCCAAUGCCCCCGUGGAGCAGGACAUACAGCUCAGUGGCCUGGGCAUCAUGCCAGAGCACUGCAUCGUUGACAUCGUUGAUGGAGAUGUCUUCAUGUCACCACUGGAGGGCGCUAGGACAUGUGUGAACGGCUCGGUCAUCAAGGAUCAGACGUUGCUGAAGCAUGGUGACAGAGUGCUGUGGGGAAACCACCACUUCUUCCGCAUCAAUUGCCCGAAGCCAGCUAUGAGUGCCUUGGAGCGACAGAAGCAGAUGUACGAGCAGCAGCUACAGAAGCUGCGCAGCCAGAUCUCACCAAACACACCCACGAACCCCUACGGCUCGUUCGGUGACCUACGAGGGGUCACGUCACCUAGCAACGCCAAUGUCAAUGCGCGAUACAAGCAGUGGGCCGAAGAAAAGGAUAAGGUCUUCAAGGCGAGUCUGACAAAGCUGAGGGAGGAGGUGGUGAGGGCAAACGCCAUCACUAGAGAAGCAAACUAUCUGUCAGAGGAGCUGGCGCGGCGCACUGAGUUCCACGUCACCCUGCAAAUUCCUGCAGCCAACCUCAGUCCCAACAGGAAGAGAGGAGCGUUUGUCAGUGAACCAGCAAUCCUCGUAAAACGGAAAAACAAGAGCAAGCAAGUGUGGUCGCUAGAGAAACUAGAGAACAAAAUCAUAGACAUGAGAGAGCUGUAUGAGGAGCGCAAGGAAAAGGGUCUUCCUCUGAAGGACGAGGUUCCGGUGAAGGGUUACGAUCCGUUCUACGAGUCACAGGAGAACCACAACCUGAUCGGUGUCGCAAACGUCUUUCUGGAGGUGCUGUUCCACGAUGCUAAGCUCGACUAUCAGGUUCCCAUCAUCAGUCAGCAGGGCGAGGUUGCAGGCAGACUACACGUGGAGCUGUCACGUACCGCAGGCACGCUCGGCUCUGACCGCAUGGGCGACGCAGAGAUCGAUGAGAUGGACAUAAACAAGAACAAUAUCGACGAUGACUCAAACAUGCCGACCAGCCACAUAACCGUCAAGCUUGUGAUAAAGGAGGCGUCGGGACUGCCACCACAUCUGUCCAACUUCGUAUUCUGCCAGUACAAUUUCUGGGGUGAGAGUGAGUCAGUGGUGGUGGCACCGGACAUCAACCCUGAUGGCCUGAUACAGAUAGAAACGCCAAAGAGAGGCGCCACAUUCCAUUUUAACCAUGAGAAGGAGCUGGUAGUGCAGGUCGCGGAUGAGUUCCUUGAGCACUGCAUGGAGGGAGCGCUGUCCGUCGAGGUGUGGGGUCAUCGCAGCUCCGGCUUCGGCACAUCCAUCCUCGGCUGGGAGAUGGACAGCAUCAAUGCUAAGACACGCUCGCUGUCAGACAGGUGGAGGGAGGUGAAGCGACGCUUGGAGCUGUGGGUGGAGAUCCAUGAGCUGAAUGAGCACGGCGAGUACGCACCCGUAGAGAACGUCGUCAAGCCGGAGAUCUUCACCGGCGGCGUCUUCCAGCUUAGACAGGGUCACUCGCGGCGUAUCCUCGUGCGCGUGAAGGCAGUACCGAACUCCGGCACGCUGCCCCUCAUCUGUGACUGCAUCAAGUCCAUAUCAAUCGGCAGCGUGUGCGUGCGCUCAAAGCUGCAGAAGUCACUCGACUCCUAUCAGGAGAUCGACCUCGACCUACUGAAAAACAAAUGGUCAGAGGCGCUCGGCAGGAGGCGGGAAUACCUGGACGAGCAGAUACAGAAGAUCAUCAACAAACCAGACAAGAGCGAUGCGGACAUUGACAGAGAGCGCAGUCUCAUCGAUCAGUGGGUGUGCCUCACUGAGGAGCGUAAUGCCGUGCUCGUGCCGACCGCAGGCAGCGGCAUCCCCGGCGAGCCGGCUGACUGGAGCCCGCCCGCCGGCCUCGAGCAACACAUUCCUGUCAUCUUCCUCGACCUGAACGCUGAUGAUAUGAGCACGAGUAACGUGGAUGGUCUGCAGGGAGCUGGCAUCAAUUCCAUCCUGCCUAAGGAACAUGGAACAAAGUUCUACAGCCUGCCCAUUGUCAAAUUCUCUGAACACGAAGUUUGUUCCCUGUGUUCGUGGGACUCCUCCAUCCAUGACUCUCCAUACUUGAACCGAGUGACACCACCGAACGAGAGGAUUUACCUUAUCCUGAAGGCAACUGUGCAACUGUCACAUCCAGGUGUCAUGGAGCUGGUCUUACGCAAACGUAUUUGCAUCAACGUCUACAAGAGACAAAGUUUCACGGAAAAGCUUUUCAAGAAGAUCGGCAUGCAGUGGGACACUCUGCAUGCAUGCGGUGUACAGUACGAGAUCGUGUCAAACAUUCCAAAGGCUUCAGAAGAUCCAGAGGACCGGGAGUCACUUGCGCUGAUGGCAGCAGCAUCCGGUGCCAGUGGGGACCAGGAAGAGGGGCAGUCGUACAUCGAGCGCUAUAUCCAUGGCGUGUCAGCAGUGGAGAGCAUACUCGCGCUGGACAGGCUUAGACAGGAGGUUGCAGUAAAGGAAAUGUUAGCAGUCACAGGCAAACCCAUCAGGAAAACGGCCAGUGUGCCUAAUAUUUCCAACAUUUCUAGAUUCCACUCUGAAAGUAGUCUAACGGAACUUGCCCCUACUAGUAGGUUAGAAGUUCAGUGCCGUGCAGACAGCGUCAUGGAGCUGCACCGCAUGUCCCCGGACUUCUCCAUCCCUAGCCACCAGUACGUCACCUCGUGGGAGAAGGAGUUCCGUCGCAAGUCGCUCUCCGACACCUUCCGCAAGCAGAAGGACCGCGACAGGCUCACGCCAACCAAGGAUUUAAAGGGCACAUUUCCUGGUCUCGCCCGACCAACGUUCCUCAACAUUCGACCGCAAACGUAUGUGAACAAUAAGUCCAAAUCCGCAUCUCCAAAAUCCGGCGCAAGCCCCGUUCAGCCCGCAAAGAUCGUGAAGGCCUUAAAUCUAACUACAUUACUGGAGGAGCAGCAACAGAAGGACCAGAGCUGCUCUCAAGUGAGCAAUGACAGGCACGAGUUUGAUGAGGAAGAGGAGGAGGAAGAAGCAGAGGAAGGGGAAGAUGAUGAUGAGGAGGAGGAGGAGGAGUGUCUUUCGUCGCCAUCUAAAUACCGCACCCGCUCGCCCGAGCAGUUUCCGCUCGACACUGACGAUGCACACUUCAGCAGCUACAGCCAGCAGCAGCAGCAGCAGCAGCAGCAGCAGCCGCAGCCACAGACGCACAUUGCCAAGAAGUCACGCAAGAAGGACGCGAUGUCGCACUCAAACACGAUCGACAGUCUGACGGAGGCCGGCGGCGGGAGGCCGCUGCAGGAUCUGCCGCGCUCGGGUACCGUCGACAGCCUCACCGACGUGAAGAACCUGCCGGGCAGCGUGACGUCGAGCGGCUACUGCUCACAUGGCUUCUCCUCACACACGCUCUCCUCAGAGGACUCGAUCAGCCUGCGCAGCAUCAGCGUUGACGAGACGCCCGACGUGGAAGCCGCGGGCAGGAGCAAGGAGCGCGGCGAGGAUGGGGAAGAGGAGGACCCCACCGCCGUGAGGCUGAAGGAGGAAGAAGAGCAGGAGAAGGAGUACACUGCCACCGCGAGGCUGCAGGAGGAAGAGGAGCAGGAGAAGGAGGACGGGGAGGAGGAGGACCACACCGCCAUGAGGCUGAAGGAAGAAGAGGAGCAAGAGAAGGAGUACACUGCCACCACGAGGCUGCAGGAGGAAGAUGAGCAGGAGAAGGAGGACGGGGAGGAGGAGGACCACACCGCCAUGAGGCUGAAGGAGGAAGAGGAGGAGAAGGGGAAGGAAGAGGAGUACCCCGCCGCCACAAGGCUGCAGGAGGAAGAGGAGCAGGAGGAGGAGGAGAAGGAGAAGGAGGAUGAGUACCUCGCUGCCGCGAGGCUGCAGGAGGAAGAGGAGCAGAAGGAGGAGAAGGAGAAGGAGGAGGAGUACCUUGCCGCCGCGAGGCUGCAGGAUGAAGAGGAGGAGGAGUACCCCACUGCUGCGAGGCUGCAGGAGAAAGAGGAGAAGGAGGAGGAUGGGGAGGUAGAACAGAAGAACCCCGAAUGCACUGAGGAAAUUAAGGAAGAAUGUGUGAGUUCUGAAGCUCAUGAGGGUGUUGAUGAAGGGAAGGGGGAUUCCGCAAGCUCUCCCGAGUGUGCUGAGGACGGAAAGGAGGAAUCUAGCAGCUGUAUCUCCCAAGAGCAUGGCGGUGAGAUGUCGGAGGCUGGCUGUAAUCUGAUGGACAGCGAUAUUCCAGAAAGCAUAAAUGCUCCUAUUCAACCGCUGACCCCUCUCAGCCACGCUGUGCACGAUAAGCCUACACACAUUGCAUGCAACACGGGGGAUGGCGAUGAGGACACCGCUGAGAAUGAGCGCAGCUUCAGAUGCCCUCUCACUGGUGACAUAAUCAGUGAUUUCUCACCAUUCACGAGCACGUCCGAAAAACCAAACGUAGAGCUGGAGGACAGGCUGGAUGCAGACGCAGCUCUGGAUGGUCUGUUGCCACCACGUGAUGCGGACACGCAGGCGGUAGCAGACUCGUGUUCGCUUAGCGUCUUCGAUCCAGCUAACGUGAAGCAGUCGUCACACGAUGGCAGCACCGCUAAUGACAGUUUAGUGUUCGGUAAUGAUGAUGGCACGCACGCCAGCAGUACGGAACCCACGUCGGCCCAGCCAGAAUGUUUACAGGAACAGUUUGCUGGCGUUCAGACCGCGAUGGAGGAAAGCUUCAGUGAAGGCAACCCACAGUGGAAGCAAGGCGAUAUCGAGUUGUUAGGCCACAAGGCACUGAUAGAUGAAGAGAAGCUGUCAGGUACGGACAGCGACGAGUGCUCGAGCAUCUGUUCGUUUGGCAGCCGGGCUGACCUGCACCGCAUGGCUGAUGCGCCUGUUCCGUCCUGGAUCACCGUCGGCGAGCCGGUCGUAGUGAUGCCCUACACCGCCUGCGGCGUCAUCAAGUUCGUGGGCACCACCGAGUUCGCUGCCGGCAACUGGGUGGGAGUGGAGCUUGAUAAACCCGCAGGUAAGAACGACGGCUCGGUGAAGGGCGUGCGGUACUUCAGCAGUAAGCCGCUGCACGGCAUGUUCGUGCGCCACGACAAGCUCGAGAAGCGCCGCCGCAAAAGUGGCGCCACCACGCCGGGAUCGGCGGCGGCCAAGGCCAACCGUAACUCGUGGCGACGCAGCCGCGCCGAAGAGUCUUCCAGCUUCAUGAAGCCGACGGCAUCAAGCUUCGCAAAGAAGUCUGGCCGCCAUUAGAGGCCGCUGCACGCGGAUUCUCGCCGCCUCCAGACGGGACAGUGGUCCGGGAAGCUCACGAUGCUCUGACGUAGGGGCCUGGGGAGGGUAUGCUCUCUGACGUCAGGGCCUGGGGAGAGUAUGCUCUCUGUUUCCAGCAACAACGAGGCAGAGGCAACUAAACAUUGAGCGAGUGUGGUAGUUGCGGUGGUGCUGACUUAAGUGUGCGUACGUGUGAGGGGGGUUCGGGCAUGAGCUCGUGAUAUAGGAUUGAUAAGACCGGUGAUUUUCUGUGUGGUUGUCGGUCAUUGCAGACAAAAAAGUGCGCGCCUUUAGGGGAGAGCUGUGCCUGAUGUGUAGCAUAUGUCGGUUAAGACACUAGUUUUUACUUCAGACUGUUGUAGACGUAGCGAUAGAUAUAGGCUACGAUUCCAAAGAAUAUCUGCCAAUUUUAGAAGGAAAUGGUGAGAGAACAUUGGUUAUUUGAGUGUAUCGAUGUUUAGAUUUAUCUUAAAAUGGUCUUCUUGUAAUGAAAGUUUUUAAAAAACGUAAAACAUGUCUAGUAACGUAAGGGUGACACACAAAGAGAGUUGAGCGAGUGAGGAAGCCAAGGGGAAUUCCUCAUCGAACGACGUAGGCACGCGCAAGGUGGCGGUGAUGAAAGCAAAAGCUAUGUACUUGCCUUCGUUUGAUUUGAGAGGAGAGAUCAGGUCUACGGCAGUGGUGACCGGAGAAAAUGGGUGUGCAGAUUUUAUGCUACGACGAUACUUUAAAGUUUAAACUGAACUACUCAUUUAUGACGGAAUUUUAGCUGGUUUCUCGCUAGAAGCUUGUUGGUCAACAGACCAGACGCUCGGCUGUCUAUUUAGCUGUGUAAGCGCACGCGCGUGUGUGUUUACUUAUGUGCGUGCUAGCCACAAUGAAUGUGUGCGUGCGCGUGCGCGUGUGCGUGCGUGCGUGCCUGUGCGUUCGUAUGUACGCUCGGAUGUGUGUAGGUAUAAUUCAUGACUGAUCAUCUUGCAUUGUCACUCAGUUAAUAAACGCCAUAGCAUGCUAAAGCAUCGAUCCCAUGCGUAUUUCAAGAGCCAUUCAUAGUUAAAUGUGAAAACUUCGUGAUGGUAUUCAGAAUGGCCCCAGCAGCUAUACAAUAUACAUGAGAAAAUACCUAUUAUGUGUUACAUGGUACCUAUUGCAUGUCACAUGGUAGUGACAGUAUGUACAGGUUAACUUGACAGCUAUUUCAGUGUCAGGUGGUAGGUAUUACGUGUCACUUUGUAGCUAUUAAAUACCACGCAAUAGCCAUUUCAUGUCACAGGGCACUUAUUGCAUGAUACGUGAUGGCCAUUUCAUGUGACGCGGUAGCUACAUUAACAGGCCUCGUAGUUAUAGCAUGUUACCUGUUGACUAUUGCAUGUCACACGGUAGCUUCAGUAUGUGACAUGGUAGCUAUUGUUUGUCACCUGGUAGCUGUAAAUGUCGCGAAUGUCACAUGGUGGCUAUGAAUGCAUAGAUGCGGUAUGGGACGGUAGUUCGCGCUCUGGUAGCUAUGCCAUAUGACGUGAUCACUAGAAUGGUAGUUAUCGUAUGUGACAUAGGUACUGCGCGUGAUAUGAUAACUACCGCAUGUGACGCUGUAGCUAUAUAU